AUGGAUUCACGCCUGACAGGGAUCGAUACCGACGAAGAGAAACAUUUUACACCCAAAGUGCAGUCAACUCACGCAAAGCACGUGAUGUUUGAUUCAAGGAAGGCAGAAAAACGGUCCACAAAGUUCUUGGUGGCUAAGCGAGAUGUGUGCGUUUUGCGCAAACAUGACAAGCGCAAUGAAAACCAGCAGCAGAGAAAUGCGUGA